GUUUCAUCGAGCUGGCUGACAGGCGGUUACACCAGAGGUGCACGGCUCCGCCUCGCCUGUGCUCUGUACUGCUGCAGUGAGCUGAAACUUACAUUGAAACUUUAAAGCACACUGCCACUGUCAGACGCGAGUAACACACGCACACACGCAGGGUCGUUUGAAGGAUUGUCUGGAUCGAGACAUUUCAAUGAGAGAACGAUACCACGGAAAGCAUUAACGUUCUCUGUAUAUCACUACACUUUCCCAUUGUAAACAAUGGUCAUUUCUACUUGGUGAUAUUUAAUCAGCAAAAAAUAAAAACAACAAGAAGUUUCCAGCGAGUUCGGUGUCUGGGUCAUGGCUGGAAUUUGCAAGUCUCAGGGUACAGGGUUCCUAACGGAUAUGUCAUCCAAGCACAAGACCCCAGUUAAGAACUUUGAGAAUCUAACUCUGGACUCGGGCUAUGGAGGGAUGGCAGGGUCCUGCAGGUCCUCUGUCCUGUCCCUGUCCCCCACCAGCCUGGACCCUCCCACCUGUCAAGGUGGCAGCUUGUGGACCAUCCCAGGAGACGUGGGCUUCAGCCAGGACAGCGGCAGCAGCAACAACGGCUGCCACAAGUGCCAGUCCGAGGGCCUGGAGGGGCUGGAUCUGUGCCCCAAGCUGCCGCCUGUGGACUACGUGCCCUGGAGCGAGGAGGAGAUGAUGAGCGUGAUGAGGAAGUGCCAGCCGAGUUCCUUAAUCAAGGAGGGCGUCUCUCCUCCCUGCGCCACCGCCGGCCUCCUCUGCAAGCUCUCCACCUGCCUGGGCCGAGCCCUGCUUCGAAUCGCCAGGGAAGCCCAGCGGCUGAGUCUCCAGUGCGCCAAGUGCACCAAGCUGGAGGUCCAGAGCGCGGCCAAGCUCACCCUGUCCUGGACGCUGUCGGAGGCCUGCGUGGCCGCCGGGGUGCGGGCGCUGUCCCUCUACAACAUGAGCGCUGUGGAGCCGUUCUCCACGGGGCAGAGCGCCCUGUGUGGGCUGCAGUUCUCGGUGGGGCGCAUGUUCCGCUGGCUGGUGGACAGCAAGGUGGCCCCCCGGAUACACGAGCACGCUGCGAUCUACCUGGCGGCCGCUCUGGAGAGCCUGCUGGAGGAGGUGUGCGGCCGGCUGCUGUCUGCUCAGUCUGGAGGGAGCCUGGAUGAGAAAGCCCUGGAGCACGUUCUCAACAACGAUGCAGAGCUGUGGGGGCUCUUCCAGCCCUACCAACAUCUGUCCUGCGGGAAGAACGCUUACGGCGUUCCCUCCCUGCCCUCCUACCUGAGUAUCCACACGCUGGGCCAGCCCGGCUCCCGGGCCCUCUUCAGACACGCGGAGCUGCAGACCCUCCUCACCACGUCCGUGGGCAGCGUGGCGGAGCUCAGCUCCCUGGUCAUCAACGCCAUGUUCUUCCUGCAGCAGCUGGGAGCUCAGAGCGGCAGCGGGGGGGCCUUCCAGCUGCACUUCAAGCAGGGGCCCGUGUCGUGGGAGCCCGAGGCCCUGCACGCUCUCUACUACUACACACGCUGCCAGCAGAUGGAGUGGGAGAACCCCAACACAGAGCCCCCCAGGGUCAAGCUGUGCAGCGAGAGGCCCUACGUGUCCCUGCCUCCCGUGGCGGAGUGGAUCCGUGUCUGCGUGGCUCACGCCGAGCACCGGCACAGCCUGACCAUCGACAGCAACGACGUCCAGCAAGCAGCCAGACUGCUGCUGCCCGGAGUGGACUGUGAGCCACGACAGCUCAGGGUGGAAUGCAGUCUCUACGCCUCCAAGCGCCUUGAAGCCCAAUCGGCAGAGCAAAAGCUGAGGUGGAACCUGGCCUUCCGCAUGCUGAGCUGCGGCCGCACUGACCUGGUGCAGCCAGCGGAGGCGCUGCUGGGACCGGAGGGGAUCAACUCCCUGAACGAGCAGGGCCUGUCCCCCCUCAUGUAUGCCUGUGCCGCUGGGGACGAAGCCAUGGUCCAGGUGCUGUUGGAAGCCGGAGCUGAUAUUGAUGUUCAGGUCCCCAGUAACCUGCAGCGGGCUCCCUCGGUUCACCCCGAGAUGAGGCACAGGACUGCACUCGCGUUCGCCAUUGCGUUCGGCCACAUCUCUGUGGUUCAGUUGCUUUUAGAAGCUGGUGCCGAUGUGGACGGCUGUGUCACCGAUGGAGUGAUGUCGGAAUCUCCUUUACAGCUUGCAGCAGCAGCGGGUCACUUGGAGCUGGUCUCCCUGCUGCUGGAGCACGGUGCGGACCCCCUGUGUGGGUCAGCCUGUGAGGGAGGGGUGGGGGCGUCGAUUCAUGGGACCACCAAUGCAUUCAGCCUGGCUGCAGCGCACGGGCACAGGAACGUGCUGCGGAAGCUGCUGUCCCAGCCGGCGAGUCACAGCAGUGAUAUCCUGUCCCUGGAGGAUAUCCUAGCAGAGGGGGAAGGUCUCCCCACCCCAGCCAGACCCAGCCAUAGUGGGAAGGUGCGCAGGAGAGUGCUGCAGGAGGCCGUGUACCAGAGUGCGGAGCAUGGCUUUCUUGACAUCACCCUGGAGCUGCACAGACAAGAAGCCGUGCCGUGGACCCUGCACACGUGGCUGGAGUCUCUGCGCAGCGCCUUCUCUCAGCGCCGCUGGGACGUGACGCAGUGCCUGCUGGGAGAGUUCGGUGAGCUCAGGGAGGUGUUCAGCCAGGAGAUGGUGUCUCAAGGACUGCCGAUCCUUUUCGAGAUCCUCCGCAACAGCAAGAUUGAAUCCACAUUCCAGCAGCUGGCAGCGAUCUUCAGCCGGUGCUACGGGCCGUACCCCAUCCCUGCUGUGCCCGACACUGGCCUGCAGCAGCAACUCCACCUGGAUCCCUUGUUCCUGAACAAUAAGGAGAUGUCAGAUGUCACCUUCCUGGUGGAAGGGAAGCCCUACUAUGCACACAAGGAGCUGCUCGCGGCUGCGUCCUCGAGGUUUCAGAGUCUUAUUUCUGUGGCUUCCUCUGAGUCUACGAGCCACAUUGAGGUGCGGGACGUGACAUACACCGGCUUUCAGGUGGUGAUGCAGUAUAUCUAUAAUGGAGGUGUUGAAGGGACACACAUCAGCAAGCAUCAAGUUCUUGACGUUCUCCGCGCAGCCAGUUUCUUUCGAUUGAAGGCCCUGAAACGACACUGUGAGAUUCUCUGCACCAAAAACAUCUACGCAGCUGAGAUUGUCUCAGUAUACCGGCACGCCAAGCUGUACAAGGCCUCCGAGCUGAAGGUGUUCUGUGAGGGAUACUUUCUGAAAAACAUGCCUGCCCUGCUGGAAGUGAGCUCAUUCCGGCACCUCCUGCUCGGCGUGGACGGUACUGCAGGGGACGAGAGCCUGUCUCACGACCUCCUCCAGACCCUGGCCUCCAGAAUGCACGCCAUCUACCAGCCGUCCUCCAAGGAGACGAUGGUGUAGCGGAGAUGGGGCGGCUGUGUGAAACUGUGCAUAGAGCCGAAGCCAGUCCCUGACUGCGCUGGCAGAACUAUGUGUGUGUGUACGUGUGCGGGCGCGACGUGCUUCAUUUCAAUAUGUUGUUCAGGGAUGCUAUUAUGAUUCAGAUCGCAAUGUUUACUGCACAUUUACUGAGGCACUAAAAUGUUUGCUUGCACCAAAGAGACCACAUUGCGACCUCUUAGGGGGAGGGCUGUUUCACUUCAGGGGUGUUCUCAAAAAAUAGGAAACAAUUCAGCCAGAAAUCCCUGCUUCAGGCUGGAGCGCGCUCACUGUGGAACAGCCUCCUCACCUGAGCCUCUUUGGGGCCGUGUGGGAGUCACACAUGUCACAUUUCUUACUGAGGAAGCUGGGAUCUGCUUUUAAACAUUUCAGGCAAGGCUGCAUUUGUUUUGUGCCCUGCAAAAAAAUGGUAUGCUGAAUUUCCUGGAACUGCUAGCAUUGGUCAUGGUCUAUCCAGCUGAAAUAUGUUUGCAUUAUUUUUACAAGGAGGAAAUAAAUGUAUGCAAACCAAUGUCUGAUACAUAUAAAUAGAUAGAUAGAUAGUGUAACGUAGCCUCGCUGUCGUCGGCUUGUUUGCCCUUUAAAAACCUAGAGCCUACCUUCACUUUAACAGGUUCCUGACUAACACACAGGACGGCUAAGCCGUUUACCUGUCAACACACACUUUAACAAAACAGUUUUCUUUUUUUAAGCAUCCAAACUCUUCUUAUCCCAGCUCCCUGAUGAUCUCUCUCCCUAAUGGAGCUGGAAGCUCUCUUUUACAGUUUGUGGCUGUUCCAAAUCAACACCAGUUACCUCGUUUGGGAACAGCCACAUUCUCACAUUUUUUUGGCAGGGAGAGGAAUUAACCCCGUCCCUGCCAACCACCACCAAAACACACAACACUCAGACUUUAUUUACAUGCAGAGCCCUUUCUGUGUUACACUGCCUCCCCUUUGUGCGUAGCACACUGGCCAUUCGACAGCCACCCCUCCUCCCAAAACAUAACCACCCACCCUCAAGUCCAAAAAAGUCCAUUUUCGCCCCUUCCUGCGGGCGAGCUUGAGGAUGGGUCGGUCCCUCCGGCGCUUCUGGGUAGGGACCGAAAACCGGCGAUGAGGGAACCCAAUGGAGUGACAGGGGUAACAGGUGUGCAGGCCGGUGAUCUGGCAGGAGCAGCAGACAGAGGUUCGAGGCUUGGCCACAGCGGAGAGAUGUCUGAGCCACCAGGGGAAGCACAGCAAAAGGCAGGGGGAGCCCAGGCGCUGGAGACAGCGGGGCUUCUCCCUCAGGCACUGGAGACAGCAGGGCUUCUGGUUUAGGUGUUGACCUCACCCAUCUCUGGAACAUAAACUCCAGCUCUGUUGGUUCCGGCUCUGGAAGUCCCCGUUCCACUGCCUGUUGCUCUCCUCCUGAGCAGCGGCGGCCACUUUCAUUGCCCAAAUCAUCUCUCGCAGCUCUUCCAUUUUUAUUUAUUUAUUUUAUUGUGCUGGGUCAGUAGGGCGCGUUUUUACCGCUGCCACCAUAUGUAACGUAGCCUCUCUGUCGUCAGCUUGUUUGCCCUUUGAAAACAUAGACCCAGACCUUUGAUUUUUGAGUGCUUCUGCGCACUUUUAACACCAACGAAACAAAAGCCUAGCUCAAACGUAGAGCCUACCUUCACUUUAACAGGUCCCUGACUAACACACAGGACGGCUAAGCCGUUUACCUGUCAACACACACUAACAAAACAGUUUCCCUAUUUUUAAACAACCAAACUCUUCUUAUCCCAGCUUCCUGGUGAUCUCUCUCCCUAAUGGAGCUGGAAGCUCUCUUUUAUAGUUUGUGGCUGUUCCCAAUCAACACCAGUUACCUCGUUUGGGAACAGCCACAUUCUCACAUUUUUUUGGCAGUGAGAGGAAUUAACCCCGUCCCUGCCAACCACCACCAAAACACACAACACCCAGACUUUAUUUACAUGCAGAGCCCUUUCUGUGUUACAAUAGAAGAUAGAUAGAUAGAUAGACAGACAGACAGACAGACCGACCAGAAGGCUGUUUCUCAGUGUUACAGUAUUACUUUCCCAAAUGGUUAAACACUUCCUGGCACAAGUUCUCAUGUAGUUCUUGUUGUUGUUGUAAUAAUUAUUGUUCUUGCCAUUAAUUUAUCAUUUUGUUUAUUGUUUCUGUAAUAGUUUUUUCAGCUGAGCCACCUUUUAAAAUGUUUGGUACUAAAUGUUAAUAUUCCUAAUAGUUGUGCAAUAUUGUACAUAGUUUUUUUUUCUGUUCUCUACAGUUUCUCCUUUUUAAUUUAAUUUAAUUUAUUGUAAUUGAUUUUUUUGUAUGUUUUGUACAGAUUUGUAAAGCUGACAAAUUAAAGCCAGAUAUUUAAA